AGACCCUCAUAUGGGUGUGCUGGUCAGGUGUCUACAUAUUUUUGGCCAUAUACUAAAGGUUUGUUCCGUUUGUGUAAAAUAUAAUAAUAGUAAUUUGACAUGUUAAUAGUAAGAAUAUUCACAUUCUUGGUGCAUCGUAAGAAUAAAUAAAUCUAAACCUAUUGAGUUAGCUAUCACAAACAGUUCUGAGGAGACUAGUUAAUUUUUUUUUUUCCCGCAUCGAGAUUUAAAGUCUUUAAUUGUCCACUUUGGGUUACCGUAGCACGCACUCGUUCACUCUUUAGUCCAAUAAGAAAGCGCUGUUAUUUGACGUCAUCCUCUGCCUGCAGGGUUCUGACCAAUCACUAGCUUCUUUACUCAGCGCCUUCAUUCACGCUUCAACAAGCGGCUUGCUGUUCAAGUAUUCUUCAUUAAAUCAGUGUUAUUCCCGAGUAAACGAUUCUCAAACGAUGUGAUAGUUCUCACAACAUGCCGAGGAGAUUAUUGCUUAUUUUUCUGACAGGUUUCCACAGCAGCAGGCUAGCAAAAACUUAAACAAUGUGGGUUAGAUAGCGUUAGCUUCUAUUUCUGCUAGUCAGUUAGCCUGUGUUUCAGGUCAGUAGGUGACUAGUGAUGUACCGUGAGAGUUCGCUAUAAUUAAUAUAUUUUUAAUUCUUUUUUUAUUUACUGACAUAUCUGUACCUCUGCUCUUUAAGUCUGUUCUGAUUCCCAAAAGCCCAUGCCAACAUGGAGUAUCCUCCAAACAAGCGACACAGAGGAUUACACAAUGAAGAUCCAGCUAGGACAGACGCCUUCGGGGAUGACGAAGAUUUCACACAGGACGACUUGGAGGAAAUUGACAUCAUCGCCUCGCAGGCCAUCACAAGAGAUGCUCAAGCCACAAGCAGCAAGAGAAGUUUUGAAUCCAUUUCUGUUUUUCCAGAGCAGAACAAAGCACCUAUAAGAGAGGGCAGGAAAACCUUCGCCAUUGGAAACAGCCAACCUAACAGCAGCAUGUAUAACAACAUGGAAACGAAAAGAAAUUAUACCACUGAAGGAAAUGGCCAAGACCAAGACGAACUGGACUACAGCCGCCUGGAAACCCAGCAAGCAGAGUUAAAGAGAAAGCUGAAGGAGGUAGAGGAGCAGAUACUGAUGAAGAAUGGGGAAAUCCGGGUUCUGCGAGACUCCCUCAGACAGGCCAAUCAGGAGAAGGAGCAGCAGAGACAGGCUCAUCUCGAGCUGGAGAGAGACCGAGCUCGGGUCCGGAGUGAAAAAGAGAAGGAGCUUUCUAAGAAGGUGGAGUCCUUAAAGUCUGAGUUGCAUUUUAAGGAAGCUGAGAUGAAUGAAAUGCGGAGUAAACUGCAGAGCUCUGAGCGUGGUGCGAAGGUAGUUGGCACUCCUGUAAGAAACAGUGCGAACUCUCCUGGAGGUCGUGCGUUCGUGACUAAGGAAUCCUUCUCAGCCGAGCUGCCUGUAAAACCAUCAGCAGCCAAAAGCCAGCAUACAGAGGGUGGGAAACAAAACCAGGGAAAAAGUGAUAUGAGCUCAGCCACACCCCGGGAUACAGAUGGGAUUCAUCAGAAAGGACCUGCAUUAUUGAAUCUGCUGCUUCAGCACCCUUUGGAGCCGAGCUUUUUAGGCCUUUGUCACUUGCUGUGCAUCAGUCCAGAUGCUCUACCUGCCAUAUUCACCCAGUCAGACUACACUAGUCCCACAUCUUCACUCGGUUCUAGCACGUCCUCCACAGACACCCGGCUGCUCCAUCAGCCUCGAGUGCACUUCUAUCAGCAUCAGAGUCUGGCUAUGUCAGGACUGGCCUUGCUAGCGCACUGUGUUUCCCCUCAGCUCCUCAGAAGGUCCUGCCCACCUGCUGUCCACCUCCUUCCUUUACUUCACUACCACAUCAGCCUGUAUUGUCAGACCCUUGAAACCAUUGACAGGUCAGGAAAGAGUCCCCUUCAAGCAAGUGCACUGUCAGGAGUCUCAAACAGCAGCUCUGCUUCUACGGUCGAGGAGUCUUUAUGUGUUCAAGAGGAAUUCGCCUUAGCAGCUAUGAAAGCUCUUUAUCACAUUGUGUGCGAAAGCAGUGAAGCCGUAAACUCUCUUCUCUGCGGUCAAGAGGGAAAGGAUUCAGAAAAGCUCAGUGAAAACCGACUCCGUCAGCCUCAGAGCAGCACUGCAGAGAACACCUGUGAUGAGCUGCAAUCCCACAGUCCACUGCUCAAGAAGCUCUUCCAGUUGGUGGAUUUGAAGUUUGUUAGUAACGCGAGUCAGAGAGAAGCUGUGGUGAAUUCCAGUCUCAGGACUCUGUGUGCGCUGGCUGAGCGAGCCGAGGAGAGCCAGCUGUGGAGAUUUCAGGUGUUGUUGGCCAGUCAGGCUGUGACCCAAAACUUGUCUUUGGAAUCACCAUACAGCACCGUUUGGCUCUUUGUGAGAUUUCUGGCACUUCUGUUGGACUGUGACGAAAUGGCGAUCAAGCUUUGCUCCCAUAACUAUGUUUGCCCAUUUGUACGACUUUUCCAGUACGUGACCUCCAGAUCAAAUCAAGUUGUUACUGAAGACAUGUGGUCACAUUUGGAACUUGAGGUUGUCCGAUUGUUGGCCAAGCUGUUUACGCAGAAGACGUCGACAUGGGCUGCUCUCAAUGCUGAAUCCAACUGCCCAUGCAGCAGUGAGGUGGUCCGAACGGUGGUGGUGGUCUUACACAGACAAUGGCUCAGUAUCAAAGGUCAAGAGAAGCACGUAGGCCAUGUUCAGAUGUGGACAGGUCCAAGUGUUCACUCAUUGAGGGAGACUCUUAUGUUAUUGCACUGGCUCCUCCUGAACGACUCUUCUUUCUCCAUGCACUGUCUGGAAGUGUUGCACAUGUACCAUCAGAUCAUCCCAGCCGUUAGAGAUACACUCCGUAGGAUCCCUGACCUCUCAGAGUGUGAAGGUGAGCGAGUACAUUCAGCUUUUAUUUUGGUUUUGUUGCCUUGUCUGUUUUUUUUUUUUUUUUUUUCUUCCCCCACCACACUGAGCUUGUUCAGCUGCCAUCUAUUGGAUAUUGUUAGUAACUACAAAGAAAGUUUAACUUCCUGAACAUUAUGGAUGAUAGCACACCUUCCCUCAUCUCACUUGUAUAAGUUAUUAUCCCUUUCUGUGUAUAAUAUGUCUAUACUGGAUAUAAGCUUUAAGGGUUGGAAAAUGUUCAGGGCAAUAACAUCAGUUCAUGUUCAAGUUUGUAGUGAUACAAGUUGUCUUAAGGGCCCCUGAGCCACCAGGGGGCACCAUACCAUUGCAGGAAUCAAAAAUAUCCAUCCAUCCACCCACCCUUUCUUCCUUCCUCAACUCAUCAAAAAUCCAUGUUUGAUUUUGGAACAUGCCAUUCCAGAUUUAGUCCUCCUUUGCUGUUAUAAUAAUCUCCACUCUUCUAGGAAGGGUUUAACACUAGAUUUUGGAGCGUGGCUGUGAGGAUUUGAGUUUAUUCAGCCACAAGAGCAUUAGUGAGGUCAGGCACUGAUUUUGGGUGAGGAGUUCUGGGGUGCAGUCAGUGUUCCAGUUCAUCCCAAAGGUGUGUUCAAUGAGGGUGAGGUCAGGGCUCUGUGCAGGACACUAGAGUUCUUCCACACCAACCUCGGCAAACCACGUAAACAUGGAGCUCGCUUUGUACACAGUGGCACUGUCAUGCUGGAACAGGUUUGGGUCUCUUAGUUCCAGUGAAGGGAAAUCGUAAUGCUGCAGCAUACAAAGACAUUCUAGACAACUAUGCUUCAAACUUGUAGCAGAAGCUUGGGGAUAAACCACAUAAUGGGUGUGAUGGUCACAUGCCCACAUACUACAGUGUGCAAAUGAAUAGCAUGAUUUACUGUUUGGGUUUUUUGGUUGGUUGUUUGUUUUAGCACAUUUAAAGACAAGACACAUAAAGGACAUGUUUACAAAAAAUAAAUAAAUAAAGAAGUCUUUUGUGCUGUGAGAAUGAUGUGAAGACCAUAUAACAAAUAAUUG